GGCAUACAUAAUAUUGACAAUUCUGUAUUAUCAAUUGAUAAUUCAUUUAUACAAUUAAAAAAGUUAGUUUAAGUAAUCAUGUUUAGAUGGCAUGGUAGUCGCAACAUGGCGACAAUUCUUCAUGCUUAGUCUGUUAGUAUACAGAUAUAGUCCAACGUAUACAGGUAGAUUAAUUUCUUCUUGUAGUGCUGAAAACUUAUAAUUUUAUAAUACAUCAACACUAUGGGAAAUGCUGAUACAAAAUUGAAUUUUCGUAAAGCCGUUGUCCAAUUAACCUCUAAAACUCAGGUGAUUGAAGCAUCUAAUGACACUUUCUGGGAUCAAUUUUGGUCUGAAAAUGUGACCAAUGUGCAAGACAUCUUUACUUUAAUUCCAGCUUCUGAAAUCCGAAUUUUAAGAGAAGAAGCGCCAUCCAAUUUAGCGACAUUAUGUUAUAAAGCAGUAGAAAAAUUGGUUAAAGCUGUUGAUAAUAGUUGUAGAACGCAAAGAGAACAUCAAACAGUUUUGAAUUGUUGCCGUUUACUUACACGAUUAUUACCUUAUAUUUUUGAAGAUCCUGAUUGGAAAGGAUUCUUUUGGUCUAGUUUACCAGGAAAAGAAGAAGAAGAAAGUAUACCAUUAGCACAUUCUUUAUUAAAUGCACUUUGUGAUCUACUAUUUUGUCCAGAUUUUACAGUAGCUGCCAAUAGAAAGUCAGGACCUGAUAAAGCAGAAGAAUUGCAAUCAAUAGAUAGUUGCGAAUAUAUUUGGGAAGCAGGAGUAGGAUUUGCACAUUCCCCACCCAGAUAUUCAAUUUUAGAUUCAAAUCGAACAGAAUUAUUAAAAUUGUUAUUGACAUGCUUUAGUGAAACCAUGUACAAUCCUCCAAUGGAUUUGUCAAUCACACCAAAUAAAUGGAUUCAACGCUUAACUAGUACUGAAAAUAGACAUGCUUUGCCUAUGUUCACAUCACUCUUAAAUACAGUAUGUGCUUAUGAUCCAGUUGGUCUAGGAGUACCUUACAAUCACCUUUUAUUUACUGAUUCUUUGGAGCCACUAGUGGAUGUUGCUUUACAGAUUCUUAUAGUCACUUUAGAUCAUGAUACAUCUGGUGAGAUUCCAGCGGAAGAGGGCUCUAUUGGAGAUAAUCUUUUUAUUAAUUAUUUGAGUCGUAUUCAUCGUGAUGAAGAUUUUCAAUUUGUAUUAAAAGGAAUCACAAGAUUAUUAAAUAAUCCAUUAAUGCAGACAUAUCUACCUAAUUCAACAAAGAAAGUACAUUUUCAUCAAGAAUUAUUAGUAUUCUUUUGGAAGAUGUGUGAUUAUAAUAAAAAAUUUUUAUAUUAUGUACUUAAAAGUUCAGAUGUACUUGAGGUAUUAGUCCCCAUACUUUAUCAUCUCAACGAUUCUCGUGCAGAUCAAUCACGUGUUGGAUUAAUGCACAUAGGUGUAUUUAUUUUGCUUCUGUUAAGUGGAGAACGUAAUUUUGGAGUUAGAUUGAAUAAACCAUAUACUGCUACAGUACCUAUGGACAUUCCAGUUUUUACAGGCACUCAUGCUGAUCUACUAGUAACAGUUUUUCAUAAAAUUAUUACAACAGGACAUCAAAGAUUACAACCAUUGUUUGACUGUCUUCUUACAAUUUUAGUAAAUGUUUCUCCUUAUCUUAAAACUCUUUCUAUGGUGGCCAGCACUAAAUUAUUACAUUUACUCGAAGCAUUUAGUACACCAUGGUUCUUAUUUUCUGCACCUACUAAUCAUCAUUUAGUAUUUUUUCUUUUAGAAAUUUUUAAUAAUAUAAUUCAGUAUCAAUUUGAUGGAAAUAGUAAUCUGGUUUAUACAAUAAUACGUAAGAGACAAGUAUUCUAUGCAUUAGCAAAUUUACCAAGUGAUUGUAAUACAAUUGCUAAGUCUCUUAGUAAAAGACAACAGCGACAUGUACCAACAAGUACAUAUAAUGAAAAUACUAGUGAAACUACAAUGGAAGGAUCUCAUCCUGCUCUGCCUGCAGAACCAGGAACUUUAAAAGCUUCUUUAUUGGAAACUCCAGGUAUAGAAAAAAUGACAGAAAAAGAAUCAGCACAUCCAUUAAGUCCUUCAGUGAAUGUAGAUAUUGGGAAAACUAAUAAUCUUCAGAAUUCUUUAGAUAAUGCAACUGAUACAGCUCCAUCAAAUAAAUCAAAUUCUAUAAUACCAAAAGGGGGAAUCAGAGUAGCUGAGCAGACAAAUAUAUCUAACAAUGCCAAUCAGUGGGUUCCUUCUAGUGAAUGGGUAUAUCAAUGGAAAAGUAAACUUCCAUUACAAACUAUUAUGCGAUUAUUGCAAGUUCUUGUUCCUCAAGUAGAAAAAAUAUGUAUUGACAAGGGUUUAACAGAUGAGAGUGAAAUUUUAAAAUUUUUACAACAUGGUACAUUAGUAGGUCUUUUGCCAGUUCCACAUCCUAUUCUCAUUAGAAGAUACCAAGCUAAUGCUGGGACGACUGCUUGGUUUAGAACUUAUAUGUGGGGAGUAAUUUACCUUAGAAAUGUUGAACCACCUAUUUGGUAUGAUACAGAUGUUAAAUUAUUUGAAAUACAAAGAGUCUAAAUAUUAUGUAUCUAAAGAUAUAAAUCAGUUUACAGUAAUUAGCAAUUUACAUUAUUAUUUACAUAAAAUGUUUAUAUUGCAAAUGUAGUAUAUGCAGAUUAUUACUACUACUUAAAAUUAACUUAUUCAAUGGAAUUUUAAUGUUUUGCAUUGUAUUUAAUGAAAGAAAACAAUAAAUGCAAAAAUUUUUUAUAGAUAUAGGAUUUUGGCAAGAAAAUGGUGCAAAUAUUUUCUUAUGUAAUUUCAUCAUUCAAGCAUUUAACCAUACAAAGUAAUUUAUUAUUUAUACCAUAAUUAAUACUUGUCAUUGUGUCUACAUUUUUAAAUAAUCAUAUGUUGUAAUAUCAAUAGAAAGGCUCAUUUUAUUUGUCUCUUUUAUUUAAAGAAUAUUGAUGCUUUUAAUAAGAUUAUAAAUUAAUAUCAUAACACAAGUUAUGAUAUUACACAAGUAUCUACACAAAAUUAUGUUCAUUUAAUGCAUAUUCAUAUUUGUAUUUAAUGUAUUAUGUUUCAUAUAUUUUAUUACGCAUACAUAUUUAUUACAAAUAAGAUUAACUAUUCCCUUUUAUGAAAGAGUAAAUACCAUGAGUGUAUUAUAUAUUAACUAAAAAUAAAAUGUCUAUACGUCAUAUUACAUAUUAUUUUUGUUUUUUUGAUUGUUUUUAAUCUUCUAUAUUUGCUGAACUAAAAUUAAAUUUUUCUAGUGCCUGUUCAUAAGCUGCCUCAUCAGACAAA